GUCACAUAGAUGGUCAAAUACAAAAACCGUCUCAUAAGGUGUCUGUAGCACUCGACCAAACCAAAGAAAUCGACCAUUUCUAUUACAAUACUGGUCCAAGCCACUAUUAUACCAACUCAACUUCAAACUACUCUUGAUUCCAUUUCAAGACAUUACUGGUUUUCCCAAAAUACUCUGGUCUUCACCCAAACUCACACAAGUGAUCCUGACAUGAAGCAGCAUCGCCAUGAUAUCCAUAAGCCUCUUAUUUUCUAUUCAUGUACACUAAAGUACCUCAAGCCGAGAAGUUCGCUCUCAAGAGCGGACUCGCAAUCACUGGCGGAGCCACCUUAUUCCAAGGCAUGUCAACUGACACCUGUUUAUUGGAAAAUUACACUGUGUAGGACAUAUAUUGUUUCAGCAACAAGGAAGCCAAAUACAGGAAUGGAAAUCAAACGAAUAUAUAGGGCAACUGUGAGUGGUUACUGGAAGCCUCCCGGUUUAGACAAGCAAAUUACAUGUCCAAGAGGGAAGCCCGUUCUUGGGAUGAAAAAGACUCUGGUUUUCUACAAAGGCCGAAAAAGUCAUCAUGCCUUUAAAACUGAUUGGAUCAUGCAUGAAUAUCGUCUUGUUCUUCCCAUAAAUCCACUCUUUAUAUUUUUCAUCAUUUCAAGAAAUCUCCUCAGAAUUCCUUAGUUCAGAUUGGCAACUGGGUUCUUUGUCAUAUAUCUUUGAGGAAGAGAAAUGAACAAAGUCAUGAAGAAAUCUUAGGAAUGGGUAUUGAAGAUUACAAAGCUUAGCAUGUUGAAAUAGUAGCGGAGCCGAUAUUGUCUUAUGAUUUUAUGAGGAGAGACUUAAGUGAUGAUAGAACUUCUUCCUCAUGCUUUUCUGAUUCUGUGAGCUCUGAUUCAAGUGCCCUUACUGAAGUCUCUUCUAGUUCAA